AUCACUUGCAAAACAUAUUGAUUUUUUCCGCAAUUAUGCAAAAAGCCGCGGCUGUUCUUGACAGUGACAAAUGCAGGCAAAUGUAAACUCCAAACAUAGAUGCAAAUACCAUUUUUCAUCUUACCUCUACUUUUCCAGUUCGGUGCGGUAUUAAUUGUGAUUGUUUCCAAGCAUCAACAGCAGCAGCUCCGACAAUUUGUUUUAAUGUUUGCUGCUCACCUAAACAUGUUGCGUGGAAUCGCGUCGCGACUGUCGCUUCGAAUGAAUUCCACACUGCAUGCCACACCAAAGCCAGUCUCUGAGAACCGAAAGUCCACCCAAAGCUGGCCGGAGAAACGAUUCCAGCAUCAAACAAAAGUCCCACAGCAGCCGCAUCGCUCAGAGACGAGUGUCGGGAAAGCAGAAACAUCAUCCAUAGCUAUUAGUCAGGAAACAGUUCAGCUCCUGGAACGGUUAUCACUCGUCAAUCUCGAUAGCGGAGAGGCGUUGGGAACGUUGCAGGAUUCGAUCGAAUUCGCAUCGCGUGUUCUACCCAUCGAUACGAACGGUGUGGAACCGUUGUACUGUGUGCUGGAGCAGGAGAAGCUGACACUGCGUUCGGAUACGGUCGAUGACGGAAACCUGCAAGCCGAAGUACUGCAAAACGCCACCCUGGUGGAGGAAGAAUAUUUUGUAGCACCACCCGGGAACAUUCCGCUCGAACACACCGAUCGUUCGUAA